AUGUGUAUGUUAGGUUUUGAAGGUUCAAGAAAUUUGAGGACUGAAAGGUCAGUAGGUUAUGAAUCUGCCAUGUUGGGGAUGUUUGGUUCAUCAAACCGAAAAGCACGCGAUAAAGCUACAAAAAUUUACAAAAAUGUGGAGAGUAAUUUUAAAUUCAAAGAAAUUGUAGCAUUUUUUGCUCAGAUGGAUGAAAAGGCCAAUAUAAAUAUAUUUGAUGCCAAAACCAAUUUAUAUGGAUCGGAAGUCGCGGUGCAAAUGAUUAGUGACAAGUUAACUGAUUUUAAGCGCAAACCUCCCUCAUUGAAAAGAAACAAUGAGAAAGCAAAUGCUGCGUGUUUACUUGAUGGUAAUGAAAUAAAAAGACAGCGCAUUCAAAAAGAUUCCACAUUCGAACUUUUAACAAAAGAAAGCAUAGAUGUAGAUGAAGAUUUGAUCAUUGGAAACUUUAAUAUUAGAGUGUCGCUAUUGAACUGGAAAUUGAAAAAUAAUCCACCUCGUGACGAUCUCGCAUAUUAUGACAUAUUAGACCUCACUCCGGGCACGAAUAGUGAUUUUGUCAAAAGUUAUUUACGACCAGAAGUAUAUAAUAAGCUUAUAACUCACGAACCGACACUCAAAGAAAGAGAUUAUAAUGAAAUCAAAGCUUUUAUUAAUAAUAUGAUAAAGGUUACUGAUUUUAAAAAAUCGGUCGUUGAUUAUUAUUUACUCACUCGUAAUGAUGAUGAAAAAGAAUUUUUUGGUGAGAAGAAUUUGUUCGCCUCUGCUGAAGACUUUGACCUAACAAAAGAUGAUAAAGAGUAUCGCAGUAAUGGUCGUAAAAUAGAUAUUGUUUGGGCCACUAAGCCCUUAAAAAUAGAAUUUGCUAUUGCAGAGAUAAGUGGGCCUCCAAAUGAACACCAACAUUCCCAUUACUUUAGCGACAAAAUCAAGGUGGCCAAAAUGGUAAAGGUUAUGUUGAAUAGAAUAGUACGAGUAUAUGGCAGCGCAAAAACAAACCUAAACCUUCUAAGACUUUAUGGGCUACAAGUCUAUAGUGAGAAUUCGUUGAGCUAG